UGUGGUAACUCGGCGGCUAUUCGGUAUAUAUAUAGCGUCAAUGUAUUUGUCAACAAUAGAAAUAAAUGUGGGGUCCAGAAUCAACCAUCUCCCAAUCAGAUAAUCAGGACGUACUCUCUCAUCAAGACUCCUUACACAUCUACGCGAAGCCCGGCGUGGCGAGAACACAUUCUGGUUUCACGUAAAUCUGAAGUUUCUCAAAUUAUUCGAAAAGAUAUACCUUCUCAUCGAUUUCACUAAAGCCAGGGAGGUUGAAAAGAUAUAAAAAAAAAAUAUGAGCAUCAGUCCCAACUUCCCAAACGCCGCCUCCCCCAUGCCCCCGGCAGCACCCCCGUCGCCCCCCGUGUCCUCGGCCUCGUCGCCCGCCGCGCCGUACAUCAAGCCCCAGCCGCGGGCGCCCAGAUCGCCCGCGCGCGCGGCGCAGAUCCGGGUGCAGAACCGGCGGCGCGAGUACCUGGACCGGAAUCCGGGGUACUUUGAUUCGCUGGAGCACGAGCUUGCCGACCCUAUACUGUAUGACGCGCUCAUACGGCACUUCCAGUCGCCGGCUGAGCGCGAGAAGGAGGGGCGCGAGAAGGGGUAUUCGCGGGUGUUGGAGGUCGACCUGUUGCGCGGCGAGGCUAAGCUGGCACAGGUUGCUUCUGCUUCUGUAGCUUCUGCGUCCCAGGAAAGUGGUCUUCCCGCGGAACCUUCGACGGCAGGGCGACCGUCUUGGCUGCCGAAACUGGCGGCGGAGGAUACCGACCCGUUUAUUCGGGAGUAUGCUAACGGAGGCGACGGUCUCGGCGACGAUGGCAGCGGUGCUAGUGCUAGUGGCGACGGUGCUGAAACGAGGUUGAAGGGGCUGCCCCGGCGGCCGGAGACGAAGGAGGAGGGGCGCGGGCGGUGGGAUGGCUUUCUAAGACGCCGGUUCGUGCUGGGACGAGAUGAGGACUUUGACUAUAGCGCGGUGGAUGAGAAUGACGAGUUCGACGUGCUCGAGCGCCGCGAGCAGGAGGAGGCGUGGUUCGAUGAUGAGGAUCCUGAUUGGGCGAGUGACUUGGUCGAGGAUCAGGGGGGUGACGGGAAGGUAGGGGAGAAGAGAAUUGGGGGGGAGACUGGAAUUCAGGAUUUCUGAGUAGCGGUUAGUUCUCAUUGUAUACUAUAGGUCAAAGGGUGGUCAGAACACUAAAUCAAAAUACGACUAGGAUAAGACAUGGCAAACUAAAACAUCUGUUUUUAUGGGAAAAGAAAGACGGGUAAGAUAUAAGUGAAGGAAGUCGGUCUACACCACUUAAAAGAAGACUGAGGUUAUUAAU